AGUUUCGUUGUGACUUUAGAAGUGAUUGCGUGUUUUUGGUCUGGGACUCUCUGAGAAAGUGCUUUUCAUCGCUAAUUACGCGCCUCCGUUGUGCCCAAAAAGUGUCUCACGGGUCAGUGGACACACCCCAGUGACCCAUACAUGCCCCAUUGCAUGGAAUAUUGAUAAGGAUUGGAUUAAUUUGACUCGGAAAAACUAAUUUGCAGAGGGACGAAGAUGCCGGCGGAAGCUACAAAGACGGCGCCUCCGCCAGCCACCAAUGCUGGUGUCACUCAGCCACCAUCCGCCAUGUCUGAAGAACAGACGACGCCGAAGAAGAAGAGUGUGGCGUCUUCGGGCAAGGCGGCCCUUGCUAAAGUCACUCUCCUCGAUGGUUCAGUUCUCGACGUUACGAUCGAUAGAAAAGCGAAAGGACGUGACUUGCUAAACUCCAUCUGUGCCGGUCUUAAUAUCAUUGAGAAGGAUUAUUUUGGGUUGAUCUAUCAGACGCCCACAGAUCCACGCACAUGGUUGGAAUUGGAUAAGCCAGUAGCUAAGUUCUUUAAGAGUGAUCCGUGGAUACUUCAGUUUGCCGUGAAGUUCUAUCCGCCGGAACCGGCACAGCUUCAGGAAGACAUCACGCGGUACCAUUUGUGCCUUCAGGUGCGCAAUGACAUCCUCGAGGGACGAUUGCCAUGCUCUUUUAUCACGCACGCUCUCCUGGGAUCGUACUUGGUUCAAUCAGAAUUGGGCGAUUAUGAUCCGCAAGAGAUGAAGAAUCGUGCCUACCUCAAGGAUUUCCGCUUUGCUCCAAAUCAAACACCAGAGUUGGAGGAUAAAGUUGUGGAUCUGCACAAGUCGCACAAGGGUCAGACGCCGGCUGAGGCGGAGCUCCAUUAUCUCGAGAAUGCCAAGAAAUUGGCCAUGUACGGUGUAGAUUUGCAUCCAGCAAAAGAUUCUGAGGGUGUAGACAUCCUUUUGGGGGUCUGUGCCACAGGAUUACUUGUGUACAGAGAUAAACUGAGGAUCAAUCGUUUUGCCUGGCCAAAGAUCCUCAAGAUCUCCUACAAACGUCACAAUUUCUACAUCAAAAUACGUCCAGGAGAAUUUGAGCAGUAUGAAUCCACAAUUGGUUUCAAAUUGGCCAAUCAUCGUGCUGCUAAGAAAUUGUGGAAAGCUUGCGUUGAACAUCACACUUUCUUCCGUCUCAUGACGCCCGAACCUGUCAACAAAAGUGGAAUUUUCCCUCGAUUUGGAUCUAAAUUCCGCUAUUCUGGGCGCACUAUGUAUGAAACCAGGAAGAAUCCCAUCGAUCGCCCAGCACCAGCCUUUGAGCGCAGUCUCACCGGAAAGAGACUCUCCAGCCGAAGCAUGGAUGCACUGGCUCUUGAAAAGGAACAGAACAAGGACGCCAAUAAACGUCAUACAAUGUCACAUCCGCCUGAUCAUAUUCCUGAACUGGAUUCACCGAGACAGUCACGAAGUCCAUUGAAGAAAGACAAGAAGGAAAAGCUGAAGCGAGAAUCCAGCACAGGAACAGCUUCAGCCUCAUCACAGAGCUCCCUCGAGGGAGAAUAUGAGACAACAGGUGGAUCGAGUACUGAUCAGAAACCUGUCGGUGGCGUAUCUGUUUUGCCUUCAAAGAAGAAGGAUGAUCCUAAGGAGAAACCAGAAAAACAGGCAACUGCUGUUAAUGGUAACGAAACCGAUCCGAAUGAUUCAACUUUGAAUACAUCUGAUGAAAAGUCUCCAACUUCGAAGAGAAGGGGAUUGGGAAUCUUCUCCUCAGGCAGGAAGAAGGAUAAAACACCACCCAAGGAUAAGACACCGCCCAAGGAUAAGACACCACCUAAAGAUAAAACACCACCUAAAGAUAAGGCACCGUCUAAAGACGAAAAGAAAAUUGCCGUUGCUGUGGAAACACCAACCACAGGAAAGGAACAAACCCAACAAUCUGGUUUUACGAAACCGUAUGAGUACACUGAUGACGAUCCAAAUGUCAGUCCAUCGAGGAAAAAUUAUACUCAAGGUGGGUUUAGGUAUGACCAAGAUCCUACGAUUCGGGCAAAGGAUCAAGAUGGUAGUGGUGGACAAUUGAGUCCAAAUUCUCAGGCUAGACGUGCCACAGGUCUGGCAUUUAACUAUGCUCCUGGUGAAGAUCAGAAAGUCAAGGAGGAAGCAGUUAAGAGACAGACAGGUGGGGAAUUGUCACCGAAAACAAGGGAGAAACUUGCUCGUGGCGAAUUGUCACCCAAGACCAGAGAUAAGUUACUCAAGGAGGGUAAUUUGUCACCUAAGACCAAGCAAAAGCUUUUGGAACCCAUUAAAAUUGGAACAGGUGGAUCGUAUUCGCCCAAUAAGGAUACAGCAGCAGGUCUUGCCAAAGAGACAGGACCUGCAGGUACCUACAAAACCCUUCAGGACCCUAAUGCUGCUCUCUUGAAUGCCGAGAGGCAAGCUACAGGAAGAGCUCCUGUAGUAGCAGCAGCUGCUGUUGCAAAGCCUCCGGCUGAGCCGAAGAGGAAGAAGGUGAAGAUUAUGGUGGUUGUAUCCAAAUUGGAUCCCAAGACCAAGAAAAUGGAUCCUUCGUCUGGAACUGUUGAACACAGUACGGGUAUUUUGGAUACAGAAACUGGUAAAAUUGAAUCCAAAUACGGAGUAAUUGAUCCCAAGAAAGCGACUUUGGAAGCCCUUGAUGAAAGAACGGGUAAGGUAGAAACCCAUCAAGGAACCAUUGAACCCAAAUCUGGACAUAUUCACCUGACAUCAGGAGUUAUGAAUCCGGACACAGGUAGGAUUGAUGAUAGUCUUGGUGAGGUCAUAUGUGUAGCUCCUGUGGAUAAUCCAAUGAUGGAAGUAACCGCCAUCACUGGAAAGAUUGAUCCAACAACAGGAAAGGUUGAUACUGUGAACGGAGAUGUUGAACGUUCUAAAGGUGUCUUUAACGUUCAGUCAGGAUUCAUUGAUACCAAGUACGGACAAUUGAAUCCCAAGACCGGUGAGGUAAGAACUGUGGAUCCUAAGUCAGGAAAAGCACAGUCUAAGAAAGCCCAUGUGGAUCCUGUUACUGGACAAAUCACAUUGACGGGUGUUGUUGAUCCCAAAACCAACAAAGUUGAUCCUCAACUGGCUCAUUUGGUUGCUAUUGGAAAUCAUUUGGAGCCUGUUGUUGAAGUGGUCGGUGUUGCAGGUAAAGUUGACAAGAAGGGUCUGAUAGACCCAAAGACCGCUACAGUUGAGGCAUCAACUGGACAAGUUGAUUCAGAUACUGGGAAGAUUGAUACAAAGUAUGGACAAUUUGACUUGGUCAAGCAUACAGUAACUUUUGUUGAUCCUAAGAGUGGAAAAACCGAAGUUAAGGAUAUCAAAGUUGAUCCAGCAACAGGUCAGGUUCUUCUCAAAAAUCAAGUUAAUCCCAAGAGUGGAAAACCAGAGAAGGACUUUGGUCGAUUGGUUUCACUUAGAAUUGUCCAAACACGUCUUGAUCCAGCCACCGGUAAAGUAGUUCCAGCUGAAGAGGUAAAGGAUGCAAUUAUUGAUCCUAAAACCAAUCAGAUUUGGGUGCCUGCUGGAAAGGAUCCCAAGACCGGUGAAGCUCUGUAUACAUCGAGUCAAGUUGAUCCAAAAACUGGAUAUGUCAUCACAAUUUAUGGGUAUCUCAAUAAGAAGAACAAUGAAAUUGAGAAACAAACAAAGGUCGAUCCGAAUCUUACAAAAGUCGACGCAACCACAGGGCAAGUAUUUGCUGCAACUGGUGAAAGGGAUCCUGCAACGGGUGAACCCCUGUUCAGUGCCUCCCAAGCAGAUCCCGAAACCGGUGAUGUGUACACAAAGGUGGGAAAAGUUGAUCCAAAAACAGGAAAAAUUGUCCUCGUUAAGAUUGUUUUGGUAACGAAAAAAGAUGAACGUGGAAAACCGAAAGAACUCUCACCGGCAGAGUGUGAGAUUGAUCCAGAAACUGGUAGAAUUAGCAAUGUCUUCAGUAAAACUGUCUAUGUGUACAAUAUGGUUGAUCCGAUUACGGGUGAAAUAAUUGAGGUGGAUCCAAAUGAUCCACGAGUUGCUGGUGCCAGGACCACUGUAGUCCAAACAAUGUCCCUUACUGGUGAAAUUGAUCCCGUUACGGGACGCAUCAAAACCGAAUAUGGCCUUAUUGAUCCCAAUACAGGGGAUAUUGAUCCAGCGACAGCUGUCACAGAUCCAGUUACAGGAAAGAAGAUUCUCAAUUAUACCCAAAUUGAUCCAGCACACUUUGGCAAGGAAGUCACUACGACAAAAGAAACCGUUCCAAUUACACGCGAACAAUUCUUUGAGGGUAUUAAACAUCUACCUCGUGAUGCCCUACGACGAGACAGUGAAGCUAGCUCUGAGGGUGAUGUGGCUCAAUAUGCUAGCGAUGGAGCUGGUGUUAAGGAUGUCAGUGCCAGUGGACAGAAGUUGGGUAAAUACGUGACACCACCAACAGUGGUGAAGACAACAACGAAACAAGUGAUGACCCGCGAUGAAGGCGGUGUCACGCAUGCUGUUGAGGAAGAAAUCCGCAAUUUAGGCACCGGAGAGGUGACAUACAACACGCAGGAACAUAAGGCUGACGCACCCACAGACGAUACGUCGGGCGCUUAUGUAACUGCCACUGCUGUCACGACACGCACGGCUAUGACUCACGAGGAUCUCGGCACAAAUGCCAAGACACAGCAACUCGAGGAGAAGACAGUUGCCACGACACGCACCCACAAUCUGAAUCGACAGGAGCAGCGUGUUGUGACCCAGGAAGUUAAAACUACAGCCACUGUCACAAGUGGCGAUCAGUAUGGUCGGCGAGAUAGUGUCUCAUCCGCAAGUUCUGGCGAUUCCGGAACACCUAUCGACGGACCCUUUGAGGGUCCGACGAAACCCUAUCAGGGCGAUCCCAAUGUGCCAGCGGUGCCAGUAAUACCACCAAAUACGGAACAGCAUCGCGUAACCGUGGACGAAAAUGAGUACAAUGAACAGGGAGAGAUCAUUUCAUCACAGACCGUGUCGAGCAAAACAAGGACCGUGGAAACAAUCACGUACAAAACCGAACGAGAUGGUGUUGUUGAGACACGAGUUGAACAAAAAAUCACGAUUCAGUCUGACGGCGAUCCAAUUGAUCAUGACAAAGCAUUGGCUGAAGCUAUUCAAGAAGCCACAGCCAUGAAUCCCGACAUGACAGUGGAGAAAAUUGAAAUUCAGCAGCAGACACAGUAAAGUAAGUGAAGCGAUUAAAGAGGAGAAAGGUGUGCUUUUAUCGGUGGGAUUCUAUUAAUAUUAUCAAAAAAAAGAUGCAAAAGAAUAAGAGAAGAUUUAAGAAACAAGAACAUAAAAUAUGUUUUAUAAGUGUGUUAAGAUUUAAAGAGGAACCUAAAAGGUUUCCCAUUAUCUCAUAAGAUGAAGAAAAGAAAAUGAAGAAAUGCGAUACAAGAAAUUUCAUUUUUUUUAAGUGUGUCUAUAAAAAGUGAAGAUGAUUUCUUCAAUUUACAAAAUUUUUCCUUUUUCCCCUCAAAAAAAUUAUUUUAAGUAAAAUUCAGUGUUUUCUAACUUACAAAGUGAAAAAAAAAGAAAAUAAAAAUUGAGGAAAACAGAAAGCAGAUAAAUGAUAAAUAUUGAAAAAAAUAUCGUUGAAUGUGCUUUAUAUGGCGGCUUUCCUCUUUGAGAGUUUGAAAAAGUGAAAAAAAAAUCUGAAAUUAAUAUGCUUUUGUCGCUGAACUAAAACAGUAUAAAACUUCCCAAAUUCUCUUCAAUCUCUUCAACACUCAAUUUCGCGCUUUAAAUGAAUAAAUGUGCGAUAAAAAUUGACCCAAGUGUUCUAUAUGAAAUUUUUUGGAAAUAUUGCUUAAAAAUUUUGAAAAAUAUUUUGAUAAGAAAUUAGAGAGAUGUUUAUUGAGAAAAAUAAGCUAAGAAGAAGAAAAAAGAGAUGUUUAAAAAUUGAAUGCAAUGAAAUCAAUCGUAGAAAUGCUCCUGAAAUUUUCGAAAAAAAAAUGAAAUUGGAUUUAAAAUUCAUUAACUCAUGUGCACUUUUCAUUUUUUUACGUUAUUUUUUUUAUUUCUAAUUUUCUAUUUGAGACACUUCACUUUCAUUUUAUUCUUAUGUUCUUUUAUAACAUCUACAUUCCAUAAUUUCAUAAUUUGUUUAUAAUUUUUUUUUCUAAUUAUUAUAAUUUGUCACAUUUAAUGCAGAAAAAAAUUGUCCCAAUUAUAAUUUUUGUUUUUUUCUUUUCGAAGAAAUAGAGUGUAGAGAAAAAAAACAAACAGAAAAUUGAGGGAAAAUUCAUCAUGUAUUAUCACAUAUUUUCACAUAUUUUCUUGCUUUUAAUUCUCAGAUUAAAAAAAAAAAACUUACAAUUUAAAAAGACCAUGCCACUUUUGUCAAACAUAAUUUUUAAAAUCUCUUCUUCCUCAGAAAGCAAAAUAUUAAAUGUUGGUGCAAAUGAUAAAAAAAAUAAAAUGAAAAAAAGCACAAUUUGGGCUCCAGAAAAGAAAUUGCAUUUAAUUGCUGAGAAAAUUUAAAGAAGAGAGUAUAAAGUUGCAAGAAAAUAAUGAAAAUGCUAUUCUAAAUGUAAUUUGUAACAUGAAAUAAAAUAAAAUGCAAGUCAUUGUA